GGCCGUAAGGGUAGUACACCUGUCAUAUGGAAAGGGAUUAGAGGGGAGACCUUACCCGAGGAGAAGGGCGGUUGGCGUGUCAUAGCUCCCAGUGCUCUACCCUUUGAUGGCACGUCUCAAGUGCCCAAAGAGGCCAAUGAGAUAGACAUCGAAGUACUACAGCAAGCGUUCGUAGCGUCGGCUAAACGUGCGGUUAGGGCUGGCUUUGAGGUAAUAGAGCUGCACUACGCCCACGGCUACCUGGGCAGCACAUGGCUGUCCCCACAUUCAAACAAAAGGACCGACAGAUAUGGCGGUUCACUGGAAAAUCGGAUGCGCUUUGGGUUAGAGACGGCACACAGAGUGCGGAAAGUCAUCCCUAAAGAGACCCCACUUUUUGUGCGCAUUUCGGUCACGGAUUACGCGGAC